CAUCAGAAAUUCCAGUCUCAAAUUGGCAACAUAGUCUCCUCUUGGUAGUCUGUGCAUAUUGAAUUGUUUUUGACACACCUUUCUAUGCUUUCUAUUCCUAAUUUUAAAGCUCUUCGUUUUCGUGUGUGUAUUUUGUGAGCUUUCUAGUGUUGUAACGUAUUAUUAAAGCUAAUUUCCAAGUGUUAGUGCUAGGCGGCAUUUCUACAUAAGAAUGACAACCAUGGCUGACCCCUAUGACACAACUGGGACUUUGUCCCUGAAAUGGGAUCCUAAAAACUUGGAGAUACGUACCAUGUCAGUUGAGAGAACCCUUGAGCCAUUGGUGUUGCAGGUUACUACCCUUGUUAACAGCAAGGAUAAGGCAGCUAAAAAGAAACGACCUGGCAAAUCUAAAAGAGCCAGUGCCUUAGUAGCAACUGUAGAGAGAGCUACAGAAAUCUUCAUAGAAAGAGGACAGACAAUUGCUUAUGAGAACCCAGAAAUCACCCAGGAAAUGCUGGCUGCAGUUGAACAAGUUAGAAAGGCUGGGGCGGCUAUGAGUCUGGCAGCUCGUGAGUUCUCUGAGGAGCCGUGUGCAUCAUCUGUCCGCUCCAGUAUGGUUAGAGCCGCUCGCAGCCUGCUCUCUGCUGUCACUCGCCUGCUUAUUCUUGCUGAUAUGGUGGAUGUACAUCUGUUGUUGUCUAAACAGAGAAUGGUGGAAAAAGAUCUUGACAAGUUGAAAUCUGCUUCCUCUCAAUCUGAGCUGAUAGAGAGUGCUCGUCAAUUUGGUCGUUCUGCCAGUGAAUUGGCUGCUCAAGCGGCUAAGAGGCAGAAGGAACUCAAGGAGCCAAGGAUGAAGGACGAGCUUGCCGCAGCCAGGGCUGUUCUGAAGAAGCACUCAACUAUGCUACUCACUGCCUCUAAGGUAUACGUUCGUCACCCGGAAUUGGCUGCUGCAAAGGCCAACCGUGAUUUCGUGCUUCGUGCUGUGUGUUCCGCCGUUGACACCAUCUCGGCUGUCGCUCAGGGCAGACCCACUCCUAAUACUGGUACUAACCGUGUCCCAGUGGAGGGUCCUGGAGAAUUGGCUCAGGCUUUGGAUGAUUUUGACGAGCGUAUGGUGAUGGAGCCGUUGGCGUAUUCCGAGUUGCGGACGCGUCCGUCGCUCGAGGAGAGACUUGAAUCCAUCAUUUCUGGUGCAGCGCUUAUGGCCGACAGCUCUUGUACGCGAGACGAGCGUCGCGAGCGCAUAGUGGCCGAGUGUAACGCGGUGCGUCAGGCUUUGCAGGAGUUGCUCCACGAAUAUAUGACCAAUGCCGGUCGUGCCGAACAGUCCGAGGGAUUGGAACGGGCGUUGGAGCACAUGUGCCGUAAGACUCGCGACUUGCGCCGGCAGCUGAGGAAGGCUGUGGUGGAUCAUGUGUCUGACAGUUUCCUGGAGACCAACGUGCCUCUGCUGGUCCUGAUGGAGGCGGCCCGCAACGGCAACGAGAAGGAGGUGGAGGAGUACGCCGUCGUCUUCACCGAACACGCUAAUAAACUUGUCGAGGUGGCGAACCUCGUGUGCUCGAUGUCUAACAACGAAGACGGCGUCAAAAUGGUGAGACACGCAGCCGGACAGAUCGAGGCUCUCUGCCCUCAGGUAAUCAAUGCGUGUCGCGUCCUCGCGGCUCGAAGCCGUUCGCGCGUCGCCCAGGAGAACGGACGUGCCUUCGGGCGCGCUUGGGAAGCCGCCGUACGACUUCUGACCGACGCCGUGGAUGAUCUGACCACGAUUGAUGACUUCUUGGCCGUUAGCGAGAAUCACAUUCUCGAGGACGUGAACAAGUGUGUAGUAGCCCUGCAAGAGGGUGAUCCGGACUCGCUGGAGCGCACUGCUGGAGCCAUACGCGGACGAGCCGCUAGGGUGUGUUCAGUUGUGACUCAAGAGAUGGACAACUACGAGCCCUGUAUUUACACCAAGAGGGUUCUGGAAGCUGUCACCGUACUACGUGACCAAGUCAUGUCAAAAUUCGCUGUACGUGUGGAUGCAGCAGUUUCGGCUCUCGGCAGCGGUGGAGGUGCAGGCUUGGACGAAAACGACUUCAUUGACGCUUCUCGACUGGUGUAUGACGCUGUGAGGGAGAUAAGGCGCGCUGUGCUCAUGAACCGGACGAGCGACGACCUCGAUACGGACACGGAGUUCGAACCCGUGGAAGACAUGACCAUGGAGACAAGGAGCCGAUCGAGUGCGCACACCGGCGAACAUGGCGUGGAUGAAUAUCCUGACAUCAGUGGCAUUACCAAUGCAAGGGAAGCAAUGCGAAAGAUGACGGAAGAAGAUAAACGCAAGAUCCUCCAGCAAGUGGAGUUGUUCCGUCGUGAGAAGAUGACAUUUGACAACGAAGUUGCCAAGUGGGACGACGCGGGCAACGACAUCAUCAUGCUGGCCAAGCAUAUGUGCAUGAUCAUGCUGGAGAUGACAGAUUUCACAAGAGGCCGUGGUCCUCUGAAGACAACUAUGGACGUCAUCAACGCGGCCAAAAAGAUCUCAGAGGCCGGGACUAAACUUGACAAACUGACGAGGGAGAUCGCCGAACAGUGCCCAGAGUCGUCGACCAAGCAGGAUCUGUUAGCGUACCUGCAGCGCAUAGCCCUUUACUGCCACCAGAUUCAAAUCACGAGCAAAGUCAAGGCAGACGUACAGAAUAUAUCCGGAGAGCUCAUCGUCAGUGGGUUGGACAGCGCCACCUCCCUGAUCCAAGCGGCCAAGAACUUGAUGAACGCUGUCGUGCUGACCGUCAAAGCCUCGUACGUCGCCUCCACGAAAUACACUCGACAGGGAACUAUUGCUUCCCCGAUCGUGGUGUGGCGUAUGAAAGCGCCUGAGAAGAAGCCGUUGAUCAGACCGGAGAAGCCCGAAGAGGUGCGGGCGAAGGUCCGUCGCGGAAGUCAGAAGAAACAACCCAGUCCCAUCCACGCUCUUGCGGAGUUUCAGAGCCCCGCUGACAAUGUUUGAACGUCACCUAUACAAUAUUUAUAAUUAGAAGUAAUUUUAUAAUACUUCAAGUAUCUACUCAAUCUAGACAAUAUUGUCGAUUUCAAUAAUUACGGUAGCUCAAUAUUUAUAAUAACUUUUCGGUAUUGUUUACCCUAAAUUCUUAGAAGAUUUUAUUAGUCAAACUUUUCUCUAUUUUUGUAUUUGGUCAGUCUAAAUAGUAACCCUCUUAUAAUAAAAAUGAUAAGCGUUGAGGCGGUUAAACAAUUUUAGUUUGUUUAUUUAUUGAACGUACGUGGUUUUCAAAAUAUUAUAAGUAUAUUGAAGAAUCAGGGAUUGUACCCUUGGCAUAACGCAAAAUGGAAUACUUGAACAGCACUCCGUGGGAGCAUUUGAAGCUAAACGAUAUUAUCAUUUGAAUAACAUUCGUGUAUUUAUGCCGCUUGUAUACGGUUUCAAACUGACAUUAACGUUUUGACAGAUGACAUUAUUGUAUAGAUGAUUGACAUUGUCAUUUCGAUAAUGAAUGACAGCUACAUUUAGUAUCUUUUGCAUACUGCUUACUAAUCUAAAUUUUAUUAGACAAGAUUUUUUUAGAUUAAAUAUUCCGACGGCUAAACCUAGGUUACUAUUUUUAAGCUUAAACUACGAAAUAUAUAAACAAGAAAAAGGGUAAAACGUUUUACAAAUGCGUAACGUAACUUUCAAUAGCCAUUUCGAUGACGAUAUUAUGUUUCUUAUCUAAUUCCAAGUUUUAAUUUUAGUUCAAAAUGGCCAAUUAUUAAGUCUUGAAUAUUGAAUUAUAAGAAUCAGUGUUGCUUUUACAAGGUACGUCUGCUAAUAAAACAUCCGAAAUUCCAUUUCAACUGUAUUUAUAUAUUACGUAGUACUCACACUAAAACCAGUGUUGCAGUAUUUAAAACUGCAUUCGCAUCGUUUGAAAAAUCGACGCAAACAUUUUGACCCACGCGUGUAUCACAAAUUUGGAAGACGGUUUUUGAUCAUUUGUAAUUUAUUUGGUUCUGACAAUCUGUGCCAGUUACAAAUUAUCACUUCUAUAUAUUCAAUUUUAAUAACGA